UGUGAAGAAACGAGUAUCAGUAGGAUGCAGACGGUUGAUUGUGCAGGCAUUGCAAAACUUCACCCUAACCGACUCACUCAAAACGCAGAAUCAUCAGGAAGGAACUGCUGUGUGUUGCUCAGAGAUCCACAACAGACAAUUUUGCAUCUAAAAUAACUACCACUCAACGAUCCCAAUUCACACUUGGAAAUAGAGAAAAGCGUGAAGAUGAAGAAUACAACAAAACCCUGCAGAACAGAGCAUCACAAUGCUGAAGGACAAAGAGAUCGCAUGGAGGGAAACAAGAAAGGAGAAACAAAGGCCAAAAAAUCAGUCAGGAAGAAAAUCAGUGGGAAGAGUUUCCGAAGCAAAGGUGAUGUAAAGAAACACAUGCUCAUCCACACCGGAGAGAAGCCGUAUCGAUGUGAUCAAUGUGGGAAAUUUUUCCCAUACAAACAAAGGUUUAAACUACACCUGGAAGCCCAUGCCAAGGGGAAUCCAUACAAGUGUGAUGAGUGCGGGGAGAGUUUCAAAACCAGGUUACAAUUGAGGAGCCACAUGACACUCCACCCUGAAUACAAGCCGUACAAAUGUGAUCAAUGCGAGAAGAGUUACGGGAGAGAAGACCACCUUCAGAGACACAUGAAGCUUCACACAGGGGAAAAGCCGCACAAGUGCGAACACUGCGGAAAGAGUUUCCCGAUGAGAGAUUUGCUUAGGAGCCACUUAAUGGUGCACAGCGAAGUGAAGCCGUACACAUGUGAUCAAUGCGGAAAGGGUUUUACACUCAAAAAACGCUAUAAUGAACACAUGAAUAUUCACACUGGAGAGAGGCCGUACACAUGCGAUCAAUGCGGGAAGGGUUUCCCUUAUGAACAGAGUCUUAAUCUGCACAUGAGAUUUCACCGAGGAGAAAAACCCUUCACUUGUGAUCAAUGCGGCCAGAGCUUCUCCCAGAAAGGAGGCUAUAACAUCCACAUGAAAAUCCACACUGGAGAAAAGUCGUAUACCUGCGAUCAGUGCGGGAUGAGUUUCAGACAUGGAUCCUCUCUCAAAUUACAUAUGACGCACCAUACUGGAGAAAAACCAUUUCACUGUGAUCAAUGUGAUAAAUGUUAUAGUACGGCAUUAUUCCUGAAGAACCACAUAAAAACUCAUGAUAAGGCUCAAAUUUACUCAUGCUUUACUUGUGGAAAGACUUUUAAUCAAUUGAGGGGUUUGAGGUUGCAUGAGAAAAGGCACAGCCUUACAAAGCCUUUUAUGUGCUUUGAUUGCGGAAAGUGCUACUUUACAGAUACUGAGCUGAAACAGCAUCUGCCAGUUCACUCUAAUGAAAGACCUUACAUGUGUUCACUCUGUUAUAAGAGUUUCCCCAGAAUGGGAAGCUUGAUAGUUCAUGAGAAGACCCAUAAUGGAGAGAAACCCGAUUGCCGCACUGGAAGUAAAAAGAGCCAGGAUGAGUGAGAACAUAAUGAAACAUCUUUAUUAAAUAUGUUUGCUUUUUGAUGUAAACUUUAUCAUGAAGCUUGUUUGUUUUCAGGUCAGGUAUUCUGUGACACUAUUACUCGGGGAUAGUUUAUAGUCUUUUAUUGAAGUAGUUGUUUACAAAAUGUUCUUUUCAAUUAACUUUGUAACUUGCUAACAAUUAUAUUCUUUUUCUUUUAACUUUUAAAUGUUAUGAAUCUUUCUCAAUUGCUUUAACUGUUUUUUUAUAGGCUUAAAUAUUAACUUUAGCUUAUAUAUUCUGUUUAGUAUAUAUUGAAUUCCAUCUUUUUGUGCUUUUUAAAAAUUCAACAUUAAGAAUUUUACAGCAACAACUUGAUAAUGCCAGUCAAUAACAGUUUAAGAAAUGCAUCUAACUUGUAUCUCAGAAAAAGAAUAAAGUUCUUAAACACCUAA